AUGAAAAUCCCUAGUUAUAUUAGAGAGGACCUUGACUGGUGGAAAAAUAAUAUACUGGUGGCUAAAAACUCAUUGAACAGGUUAAACAAAUUUGAAUUAGAGAUCUUCACAGACGCAUCGGUAACUGGCUGGGGAGCCAUGUGUGGAGAUAACAAGACCCAUGGUUAUUGGAAUGAUGUAGAAACACAAAAACACAUUAACAUUCUGGAAUUAUUCGCGGCCUUAUUCGGAUUGAAGUGUUUCGCUUCCAAUAAAUCGAACUGCGAUAUUAUUUUAAGAAUAGAUAAUACGACCGCUAUAUCAUACAUCAAUCGUAUGGGUGGUAUGCAGUGUUCAGAACUCAGUCAAACAGCUAAAAGGUUAUGGCAGUGGUGCGAAGAGCGAAACAUCUUAGUAUUUGCAUCAUACAUUAGCUCAUCAGAUAACUUUGAAGCAGAUAUAGAAUCAAGAAGAUUAGAGAAAGAAACUGAAUGGGAACUGAGUGACUUUGCAUUCAAAAUAAUUUUGAAUAAAUUCAGUAUCCCAGAUAUAGACUUGUUUGCUAGCAGACAUAAUAAAAAGUGCAACCUUUAUGUAUCGUGGUUCAGAGAUCCAAACUCUAUGACUGCCGAUGCAUUCACCAUUUCAUGGGAAACUUUUUUAUUUUACGCCUUUCCACCCUUUUCAAUGAUUUUAAGGGUUCUCCGAAAGAUACAAAACAGUCAAUGUAGAGGCAUUUUAGUUGUACCUUUCUGGCCAUCCCAGCCUUGGUUUCCGCUAUUCAACCUAUUACUGGAUUCUGAACUAAUUACUUUCAAACCUGGUAUCAAUUUACUUUCCUCUUCCGACAGAGAGCCACAUCCCCUUCAUCGAAAACUUACCCUGGUGGCCGGCAUAUUGUCAAACAGACGUACAAAUUGA